AUUUACCCAGCAAAAGCUAAAAUGAACAAUCAAAUCUACUUUCAAGUGAAAUGCUGGCAACGAACGUGGUCCUAAUCUUCGGCAUUGCGUUUCUCUCAUUGGGAACUGCGGAUGAAAAAGUGGGCUCGGAAAGUUUGGAGGAUGAAUUGGAACACUGCCAGACAAAAGGUUUGGAACUGAACAAAAAACUAAUUGAAUUUAAAUUUCAAAUAAUUGAAUUGCAAGGCAAAUUGGCAUUAAUCAAAGAGUUGCAAAAUACAAUUGAACUAAAAGAAAGGCAAUUGAAAAGUAGCGAAGAAGCACUUAAAUUUUGCCACAAAAUUGCGGAGACUUCAAAGAAAGAAUGCCAACACUUCGAUCCCACGAAAAAAAUCAAAAUCAUUCCCACCAAUGACACCAAUGGCACCAAUGACCCCAAUGAUACCAAUAACCCCAAUGGCACCGAUGACCCCAAUAACACCAAUAACCCCAAUGACACCAAUAACCCCAAUAUCCCCAAUGAUACCAAUAACCCCAAUGACACCAAUAGCAAAAAGGAUGAGGAAGUUGAUAAAUCAACGAACAGCAAAAAGGAUGAGGAAGUUGAUAAAUCAACGAAUAGCAAAACGGAUGAGGAAGUUGAUAAAUCAACGAAUAGCAAAAAGGAUGAGGAAGUUGAUAAAUCAACGAAUAGCAAAAAGGAUGAGGAAGUUGAUAAAUCAACGAAUAGCAAAAAGGAUGAGGAAGUUGAGAUAUCAACGAAUUGCGAUUCCCUUGGUUUUACUUCAGGCUUGCAUACCCUUAAAUAUGUAGGUGCCGAACCAUUCUCCGUUUACUGCGAUGGGGAUACGGCUGGAUCUGGUUGGAUUUUAAUUCAACAACGCAUCGAUGGUGCUGUGGACUUUUAUAAAAAUUGGGAUGAAUAUCGAGACGGAUUCGGCGAUGUAACCGGAGAACAUUUUAUUGGACUGCAAAAAUUGUAUAUGAUGACCAACUAUAAGCCGCAUGAAUUAUAUAUCCAGCUAAAGGACUUUAAUGAUGAAAUCUUUUAUGCGCAUUACGAGAAUUUUCAAAUUGGCAAUGAGAUGGAGAUGUACAAACUCAAGAAAUUGGGUAAAAUGACAGGCAAUGUUGCCAAUAAACUUGUCGACCAUUUGGGUCACAAGUUUUCCACAUAUGACAUGGAUAAUGACAAUUCCACUAAUGAUAAUAUAGCAGUCCGAUAUCAUGGUGGCUGGUGGUUCUUUGAAAGUAUAACACGUUAUGGAUGUAAUUUGAAUGGAAGAUAUUUGUCAUCUCCAAGUACUACAGAUCCACAUCGACUGCACUGGCAAUGGAAGAGCUAUAAAGGCGUCAAAAUGCUUAUUCACCCAAUAAGGAAUUGACAUUUUUUGUUUUUUUUUUAAUUGAAUAUAAAACAAUUAUAUAUGCUUCCUGGCUUACAUUCAAUGAGACAGACGAUAA